AUGAAAUUUAGUUUGAAUCAUCAAAAAUUAUCUAAAAAUUAAAUUGUUCUUUUUUCAAAGUUUGCCUAAAUCUUAGAAAAAAGAAUACUUAUGAUAAGUUUUGAUUAAAUUAGAACUUACUCAAUAAUCCAAAUGGAAUUAAGUCACAUAAAUCCUAAAGAAAAAUUAUUUUUAAACUUGUCUUCACACUAUAAAAUUAAUAAUGAUUCUUUAUUCAUAAACAAAAAAAAAUAUUUAGUUAAGGCAAUAUAAGAAAUCAAAAUCAAAAGCAUGAUAAAAUACAGAGACGAAUCAGAAAAAGUAUUAUAAAAUACAAAAGAGGGCUUCAAAAAAAUUAUAGAAUUAGAUAGAAAAAGGAAAAUUAUUAAACAAAGCUUAAAAGUGUACUAAACUAUUCCUACAUCUUAUGAAGAAAAACUAUAUGAAAUUUGCUUGGUCACCUUAUUUAUAAUAUUCUGUUUUUUAUUAUACUAUCAUCCAUGA